AUGGAAUUAAAUCUUCAACAAUUGGUUUUCUACCUUUUUGCCCUGCUGACCAUUGGAUCGGCAGUUAUUGUCGUGACCAUAAAAAAUAUCGUUCACGCUGCCUUCUCACUGAUGGUUACCCUUUUUAGUGUUGCAGGGCUUUAUGUUUUCUUGCAAGCGGAUUUCCUUGCCGCCACCCAAGUAAUAGUCUAUGUCGGUCGGUAUUCUGGUACUGAUUUUGUUCGGUGUUAUGAUGACAAGUGGCAGCUUGGACCUGAAGCUAAAACUCGAACGCGGACAGAUGUUCUGGGGAGGUGUCGUAUCCCUAAUUCUCUUUGGCUUGCUUCUGAGUGUUAUUACGAAUACGCCACAAUGGGAAAAUGUGGACGUAGGGGCAUCGCAGGAACCGACAACUCGCAAGAUUGGCGAGAUGAUUAUGAAAGAGGAGUUUUUGCUGCCAUUUGA